AUGCGUGUCCUGGUCGCAGCGCUGCUGCUGCUGCUGGCCUGCGCCGCAGGUUCCGCCGCUGCCGCGGGAUGCAUCCCGGGCAAGGGCUGGUGCGCCUUCUGCAACUUGGACCUCACCCGGUGCGGGAAGUGCAUCAACGGUUUCUCGCCCAACUCUGCUGGAGCGUGCCGGAAGUGCACGCCCCACUGCAUCACCUGCCGGCACAGCCACCUAGCAUCGACGUGCCUCCAGUGUGCCGACGGAUACACGAUUGUGAAGGGCAAGUGCGUGGCUUGCAAGGACAAGCACUGCGUCACAUGCCGGUCGGGCCCCAAGAAAUGCGACUGGUGCGGCCUGACCGGGUACCGUUUUGACAACAAGACCGGCGGCUGCAAGCCGUGCACCACCAAGAACUGCGCGGGGUGUGUGCUGGCGCAGAAGGCCAAGAAGCCGUUUGAGAUCUGCUUCGCGUGCAAGUACGGUUACCAGGCGGUGUGGUACAAGAGCGCCAGCGCCAACUGCGUCACACCCUGCAAGAUCAAGAACUGCGCCGCAGGCAGGUGCUACAGCGACCAUGGCUGCGAAGUGUGCCGGGAUGGCUACUACCAAACGCUCACCGGGACGUGCAAGAGGUGUCUCGUGCCCCACUGCCAGACCUGCGCCUCGCCAGAUACCUGCCAGGAGUGCGCGCCGGGGUACAUCUUUGGGUCGGGGCGCAGGGCCGGAACGUGCAUCAAGGUGACAGGGCCUGGCCACUUUGUGCCGGGGCCGCAGGCCACCGACCGCGCCGUCAUCAUCCACGACAUGGAAGCCGCCGCCGCCGCCGCCGCUAGCGUGGUGGAGGGCGUGUGA